CUUUUAAUGGAUUAACUUAUUGCUUAACUUGGUGAGAAGUAAAAAGGAAUAGAAUUAGCAGAGGAUGUGGAAAAUAAGUAAAUUUUGAAAUGUUUAUAAUAGCAAAGAUAUGAGUUAAUUUAUAGAAGUUAUGAAGAAAAUAAUGAAAGAAAAACAUCCUCCUAAAGAAUGUGUAUAUGGUUUAAAAAUAGUCAAGGAUUGUAUUGAAAAGUUUAAUAAUGAUUUUAAGAAUAAAGUCAAGAAUGAAUUGAUGGAACUUAUUUAUGAAGUGGCUAUAUAUAGAAUUAAGGAUGUAGAUGAUUCUAGAGGGAUCACAUAUUUCAAAAAUCCAGAACAUGAAAAAUAAAUUGAAUAAUAUGGAGCUAGUUAUAUAAGAUUAGCUUUAGAUUGCAUAAGGGUAUGGUCUCUUUGGUUUCCUGAUUUCAAAAUUUAUGGAUAGAGAUUAGAAAAAGAAUAAGGAUACUUACCAAAAAUAAAUUAUUUUAAAUAAGAAUUAAUUGACAAACAUAUUCCUAAAUUGUCAACUACACCUUAUGAAGAUUCUGGUUUAAUUUAAAAUAAAAUCAGACAAUUAAAUUAGUAAUUGAUUACUUACUUGCAAUCACACACUGAAGUUAAUUCUUUCCUUAAAGAUGAAUUGGAAAAAAUAAACAUUUAAAUUGAAGAUUUAGUUGUUUAAGAGGUUUAAGAUUAAUUUUUAGAUGAAUUUGUUUUAUCAUAUCCUGAAUUUCAAAAUGGAAGAAUCUCUUAUUAAGAAUUUAGAAUGUAAUUUUUAACAAAUUAACAAAUAAAAAAAAGUUCAUAAAAUUUUUAAGAUGAAUCAAAUCUAACUUAAUCAAUUCAUUAAACUUCAAAAAUUAUGAAACCUUAAUAGCAAUAAAAUUAAUAAAUUUUUUAAUAAUAGGAUUAAAGUUAAAUAUUCAAAAAUGAAGAUCAUAAUAAAGAGAUUGAAAAUUUGUAACUUUAAUUAAAGUCAUAAAAAUUAGAAAAUGAAAAACUUGUUAAAGUGAUUUAAUCAAAUGAAAAUAAAAUUUAAGAAUUAUAAAAUGAACUUUAGUAAUAAAAAGUUUAGACAGAAAAUUUAAAAAAUAAAUUUUAAAAUGACUCUUUAAAUUAUGAACGCUAAUUGGAAGGACUUUAAUAAAAAAUGAAUCAUUAUAAAAAUCUAUUUGAAUCCUCACUAUAAUAAGUAAAUUAAGAAUAAAGACAAUAGGAUAAUUAAUAAUAAUAAUAAUCAUUUUAAUAAUAAUAAUAAUAAGAAUAAUAAAGUUAAACUAUUUAAAAUUUAUAAGAAGAAUUAGAGAAUUUGAAGGUGGAAAAAAAUCUUCUUAUUGAAUAAUAAAAAAUAUAUCAAGAAAGAGGUAAUUCUAAUUUUAGUGAAUUUGAAUAUAUGAAUUUGAAGAAAAAGUACGAUAAUUUAGACAGCAAAUAUUUUCUAUUAAAACAAGAGAAUUAUAAAUUGAAGUAAACUUGUUAAGAAUAUGGAAGUUAAUCAAUAAAUUAAAGUAGAAUAAAUGAGAGUUUUGCUGCUGUAGAUCAAAAAGAUGUAAAUUCAAAUAUAGUUUUCUAUAAUUUUAAGGAAUCAGAUUUAUGGUAAACAGUUAAUAAUACAAAUUAAAAUUAAACAAUGAUAAAUUCUAGAUUGAGAGAUGUUUCUGAAUUAAUUUAUCCUCACAAAACUGCAGCAGAAUAUUAUAAGUAGAAUGGAAAGAAAGAAUUUAAAGGAAAUCUUAUAAAUAGAUCUGAAUUACAAUUAUAAUUGAAUCAAAUAAAUCUACUUAAUUAUAAAAAAGCAAGCUUAAAUUAAAUAGCAGCAUUAUUCUAAUCAAAUAAAAUUGAAAUAAAAUCCAGACAAUAAUUAAUUUAUGGCUAAAAUAAAUAAGAAUUCAUAUCUACAACUAUAAGCAUUAAAAAUAAGGAAUUGAGAUCAAUUUAACUUUAAAUUAUUAACAGUAAUAAAAAUGUAUGGAUUAAUAAAGACACAAAAAGUACUUUACUAUAAUCAUAACAGUCAAUUCUAUAUGAAUUUAUACGUGAGGCUAAUGUAAAACUUCACGAAUAGACAUUAAUUAAACUUUCUAUUAGGUAUUUUUAAUUAUUAAAUUAGUUUUGAGAAUUUUGUUAUUUACCUUCCAAAUUUUUUAAUGAAUUGUAUUAAAUUUUAUUCAAUUGAGGCUAGUUCUUUCAAAACAAUGAAAAAGUAGUUUUAAGGUAAGAUUUAUGCAAGUCCAUUAUUACCAAUAUGUUGUAAAGCUGAAUUAAAAUAAUUAAGUGAAUAAGGACAACUGCUAAACUAAUGGGAGUAAGAAAAUGAAGAUUUAAUAACUUAAUGUAAAUAUGGAUUUAAAGCGGUAUUAUCAAAUCAAUUAGAAUUUUAUUUGGAAUUAAUUAUGACUCCUUGUGAUGAAUUUCUUUUUAGAGGAUUUACUAGCUUUGAUGAAGAAACAUUAUAGUUUGUUUUAAAUGGCUUAUCAAAUUUAUACAGUUGA